AUGGCGAGGAAGAGCUCCAAAGUUCAAGCUCUCUACGAACUCUGUCAAAACAUGUUCACGCCGUCGGGGUCUCCUCCCCCUUCUUCUGCAGCAAUCAACAAGCUUUGUUCUGUUCUGGACACAAUGUCUCCAACUGAUGUUGGUCUUAAAGAGGAAAAUCUGGAUGACGAUCGAGGCCAUGGAUUUUUUGGACUUGAACAACUAAAUAGAGUUGCUCGAUGGGCUCAACCAAUAACAUACUUCGAUAUAUAUGAAUGUGAUAGUUUUACGAUGUGUAUAUUCUGUUUUCCUACCUCCUCGGUCAUUCCACUUCAUGACCAUCCUGGGAUGACUGUUUUUAGCAAAGUUCUCUAUGGCUCUUUGCAUGUGAGAGCUUAUGAUUGGGUCGAGCCUGCCCAGGAAAGCAACGGACCAAAUUACUUUCCAGUGAGAUUGGCAAAGCUGGCAGUUGACAAGGUUUUAACAGCGCCAUGUGGGACAUCAGUUUUGUAUCCAAGGAAUGGGGGGAAUCUGCAUUAUUUUACUGCAGUCACUCCUUGUGCUGUCCUUGACAUUCUCACUCCCCCUUACAGAGAAGAUGCAGGCAGAAAAUGUACCUACUACCGUGAUUACCCGUAUACUGCCUUUGCUACUGGUAACGGAAUUAAGAUAGAGGAUGGUAAAGAAGAGGAGUAUGCAUGGCUUGCUGAGACAGAACCAGAUAAUCUCUAUAUGCGCCCAGGAAAUUACACAGGCCCGACUAUUCAAGUUUAA